CGGUAUACAGAAAGACACAAAUAUAAAUAGCUAAUAAUAUCUGUCUACACACAUACACACACACGCACGAGGAUGGCAAUUGGAAAUAAGAUACAAAAUGUCCGCAUAAAUAUGUUGUUGUUUCUCGGUCUUUGGAUUCUAAAUGCUGUUCUUUGUUUAUCGACACCCAAUUCCAAAAAAUCUAUCGAAGGUACACUCGUAUCAGAUAAAGUAAUAAUAUACCAAGCCUCGCAUUCAGUUAGAGAGGACAAUUGUCAAGAAAAGAUCGAUUUUAUAUUUUACUUACGCGAAGAAAAAAUCGAACUGAGAUUAACUUUAAACAAAGAUGAUAAAAGUAGCCCUAUAUUUUAUAUAAAUGAUGAGAACGAGGAAGAAGAAUAUCGAACUAAACAAUUUGGAUCAAAGGAAGAUCGUACAGCUGUCUUCAAAGGAGUUGGCAGUUCUUUUCUGGUGCAAUGUGAUGAAAGAGGCAGUAAAUAUGAUACAUGUGUGUGUAAAAUGAGUGGUACGAUUUUUCACAAGAAUAUCGUGUAUGGCAUUCUGCCUAACUUUAUAUUUGAUAAAAUAUAUUCUAAACGGGAAGGAAAUCAUCAGAUACAUGGAUAUUUCCACCUGGUAUAUGAUCUUUCACUCAGUAGUAAUGAAGGCAGUUUCACAUUUUUCAAUCUGCCGAGAUUUAACGAGAACGUAUCUACAUUAAAUAAGACCUUAAUACAUCGAUCUAAGAGAGGUCUCCUGUACUAUAUUAUAGAAAUUGGUAUUGUUAUAGACAAUAGUAUAUAUGAGUUCUUUGCUAAUCAAAUGUCUAAACGAUUUCAAAAGGAAAAUGUUUUCCUUACCUAUUACCUCACGCAAUAUUAUUUUUAUACCUUAGACCUCAUUGAUUACGUAUUUCAAUCUCUUUCCACAACUAAGUAUGGUGUUGCAGUAACGUGUUCAGGAAUUUAUCUCUUGAAUAUUCAUAAACCGUCACCGUGGGCAAAUGAUAGCAUGGAAGCCGAACAGUCACUGACGUUGUUCAGGAAUUGGUUAAACAACAAAACGGAUACAAAUUUGGUAACGUACGACCAUGUUCUCUUUUUCACAAAACAUGCAAUUGCUUUUCCGAAUGAUAACGAAAAGGCUUUCACUUGGGCACGAGGAAUAUGUUCGAACAUGAGCACCAGUGUUCUUUUUGAAAGGUUUUCUAUAAUAACCGGUGUAAUAGCUUCUAAAAUGAUAGCUCAAAAUAUAGGUUUAACCGAAAACAAAUGCGAAUCUCGCGUGCAAUAUGUUAUGUCUAGUGAAUUAAAUUUUGAUAAUUUGCAGUCACCAAAAAUUAAUAUUUUUGAAUUUUCUAAUUGUACAACAGCGCAAUUUGAAAUGCUGAUACACAAACAUAGAUAUUUAAGGUUCUGUUUCAGUAAAGAGGCUACAUCAAUCGACAACAGUAUAACCCUAUUUCGUCUCAGCGACAAAUUUAAACCUGGUCUAGAAUACUCUCCUAAUGAGCAGUGUAGACACCGUUUUGGAUUGUCGUCUAGUGCUGACGGAUGCCAAAAAGAAAAUUUCGUUCAAAGAAAUACGCUUUGUAGACGACUUUUGUGCUUAUAUAAUUCAACAUGCGUAGGGAUUUACCCUCUCGAGGGUACAUCGUGUGGUACGAAAAUGUGGUGCUACAUGUCUCAAUGUGUAUACAAUCUUAAAGCUCCACAUCUUCUCAGAAAUUGUUGGCUCGGAGAUAAAGUGCAGGGGAUAUUACCUGGUACAUAUAACAUGACAUGCAAGGAUAUACCCGACGGGUACGACUAUUUCUGCUACGACCCUAAGGUCAAGGAAAUAUGCUGCUGGACAUGUUUCUCCUUGAAAUCCAAAAUUGUACGAUGUGAAUACGGAGACCGAGGAGACGAUUGCUGGAGGAAGGAAUGUCCAUUUUACAACCGCACUUAUCAGACACACGACUGUUGCCACACAUGUGGACAUCUUUCACUUGGCGCCAGCUCCUCUGUCAUACGACCUAACAGCAGGCAUCGCAUCAUCAAACUCGCAGCUAUAGCAAUGUCUGUCAUCUUUACUAUUAAAAUCGCUAUCUUUUAUUUCUUCUUUGAUUCAGUUAUUGGAAAGCCACCUUAACUGGGAUACACCUUGGAGUGUUUAGUCGA